CCUCCCCCGAGCCGCGACCGCAACCAUCAACAUAACCUAGCUUCAGUUUACUUCAAUCAGUCGAGCACCAUGGCAGACAUAAACAAACGAAAAAAAUCGACGUAUUAUGCCAAAUGCGGCGGAAAGAAACCAAAGAUGCAGUUCACGUUGCAACCCGGCGUGAGAGGAUUUCUGGCCACUUGCAAUUUCCGUGAAAAAGACUGCAUUAGAGAGGCUAUCAAUAUCUUAGGUGAAUGUGCAGACAGAAUUUACGGUGAAGACAAGAGCUCUACUGCAGAAACUGAAGCAAAAAACAAGAAAAUUGUUUUUAAAGACUCUGAUGAUGAUGAAGACAGUGAUAUGGAAGACGAUAUAGAAGCUGCUCUGGCUAAAGAAGUUAAUGUUUUGAAACAAGAACGCCAGAGUGGUCCUAGCAAUCGUCGCUUUCAAGUGAUAGAAUCUGGUGCACACAAUUGUGUUUUCAUUCGCUCAACAGUUGAAGAUCCAGUUGUUGUCGUAGAAUCUAUCUUAAAAGACAUAGAAUGUGAAGCAAAGCAAAGGACAAGAUUCCUUUUGCGCCUGUUACCUAUUGAAGUUACCUGCAAAGCUUGGCCAGAUGAUAUUAAAACUGCCUCAGGAAAACUUUUUGACAGGUACUUUAAAGGAGAACCCAAAACUUUCUGUAUUGUGUUCAAACGAAGGAACAACAACAAUGUCCCACGAGAGGAACUCAUUCAAGACUUAGCAAGUAAUAUCCAAAUGCGCAAUGCUCUUCAUCGUGCUGACAUGAAACAACCUGAUCUAUCUGUGAUUGUAGAAGUAAUUCGUAACAUUUGCUGCAUGGCUGUUGUGCCCAAGUAUUUUUACUACAGAAAGUAUAACCUACUUGAAGUUGCAAAGAUGAAUGCUCCUGCUGCCCAGAAAAAUGAAGCCCCUCUUGAAGCAAAUAUAGAUGACAAACCUGACCCCACUUGUGAAUCGGAGGCCAAGGCGCUGGGGGAUUCCAGCCAUCUCAUUAUCUCGAAACAAGAGGAUUUUAUUAUUCCAAAAUCAGAGGCCAGCUCCCUGUUGGUGGGACCGUGUCAACUAUGGACCCAACUGCUUCAGAGAGUCCAGUUAUGCCUAAUGGAGACUUGUAAUUUAGCUGCUUUCCUCCUCAUAUUCUGAGGUAAUAUAAGAGUCACAUGUGAAUUGUGAAAUAGAUUUGUCAAUCAAU